AUGGUACACCAAAAGAUCGAUCACGACUUCAAAAACGACCAGCUCUCCUACGAUGCAAAGCCAAACUACCAACCCUGCGUCAAACUAUCCUUCUGGUUCAACAAAUUGCCCGAAGUCUCCUACGAGCAGUUUCACCGGCAUUGGGAGACAGUGCACGCUGAUCUGACAAUCGCUACGAAGGACUUUGGUGUGUGCAAAGUCCAACGAUAUGUUCAGUUCCAUCAAACUCCAGAGAUGAAGGAGCGAGCGAAAAGCCUAGGCCUUGAGCACCUGGACUUCGACGGCUGUUCGGAGAUCUGGGUGAAGAGUUGGGAGGACUGGGAGCGUUUCUACAAGGUACUUCGACCUCUGACCGUCGUUCUCCCGAGCCAGACCACAGAUACUGAUCAGAUCGAACAGAGCGAAGACUAUGCGAAGACGCUAGGGCCAGACUGCAAGCACUUCAUGAAGAUGCCCAUCCAUGUUGCUGUCGGCUGCGAGAAUCUGAUAUUUGGAGAAGCACUGCCGGGUAUGGGAGGGAAGGACGGAGUGACGGCGGAGAAUGUGAAGGUUAGGUCUUGA